GGAAAAGAGGAGAAUAGAGAGACAGCAGGACCAAACUCACUGCCUUCUUUUGCUCCAGUGCUCGCUCCCUUCUUUCUCCUAGUGACACCAGGCUGAGAUCAACAGAUAGAAUGCUGUGCCUCAGCUCCCUGUCCACAUUCCUCCUCCUCUUUCUCCUCUACCCCCCUCCGCUGUCUGCCCAGGAGGUGCUUGUGCGUCUAGCAGGCGUGGGGCGGCGUGGUGCCAAUGAGGGACGUGUGGAGGUGUUCUACAAUGGUGCAUGGGGCACAGUGUGUGAUGACGAGGUGGAUCUUAACUUGGCCAACGUGGUGUGCCGACAGCUGGGUUUCCAACGUGGCUUUACCUGGGCGCACAGUGCCAAGUUUGGCGAGGGACGAGGUUUGAUCUGGUUGGAUAACGUGCGCUGCACGGGCACAGAGCUCUCCAUUGCAGAGUGUCGCUCCAAUGGUUGGGGAAUCAAUGACUGCACCCAUGCUGAGGACCUGGGGGUCAUUUGCAGUCCAGAAAGGAGACCUGGGGCCCCUGCUACAGUGCAGGAGCCUCCUUCACCCUCAAGGAACCAGCCAAGCCAGCCAAGACAGAGAACCCCACCACAGUCUGUAUCCCCUCCAGCUCCACCUUCAGCCCCAGCCUCCACCUCUUCUUCUGCAAGAGGCCAUGAGAUCGCCCUCCAUCGCAACCCAACAGCUACCCGUCGCAGCAGCAUCUCACCUCAGGAAAAUGGCCAUGAGAUCCAGAUCUUGCGUCGGAAUCGAGAUGGUUCCAGAUCAGCCCCGCAGGUCAACUCAGCUCUCCCACAAGGGCAUGAGCUACCAUCACGUCUAGUGAAUGGUGCAUCAUACAGACAGAGACAAGAGACAGCGAGGACCAGUCCACAAGCAGUAAGACGAGAGGCAGGGGGACAAGUAGACAGGCAGUCUCAGCCUCAUUCCCAGCUCCAGUCUGAGCGAAGGAGUGACAGAAAUCAGCAGCUCAGUGGGAAUCAUGUCGAACCAGAGCCUCUUUAUCCAGACAUGGGACUGGAGACUGAUGCGCAAUACAUUACACAGGGAUCUGUUCACUUGGAGGAGGCUCGUCUCCGGCCUGUGCUGUCCGGCAACAAUGGCGGCCUGGUGACGGAAGGAGUGCUGGAAGUGAAGCAUGCUGGGAGGUGGCGUCAUGUGUGUAGCAAUGGCUGGGACCUCAGCAGCAGCCGUGUCGUCUGUGGCAUGUUAGGAUUCCCUGAUGCAGAAGCGUUUGACCAAAAUGCCUACAGGAAACAGUGGGACUCCAAGUUGGCUGAUCCAUCCUCCAGGCUGAGGACACAGAGCAGUAAGAAGGGCUACUGGGUGGAGAAGGUCCAGUGUCAGGGUUUGGAGGUUUCUCUGUCACAGUGCCAGGCACAGCUGUCGAUCCCCAGGAAUACUGUCCCAUGCAAUGGAGGCAUGCACGCUGUGGUCCGCUGUGUCCUUGGGUACCAGUUUGCGCGCUAUGGCAGGGCACCUGCACCACCCCCUGUACCUCCUGUGGUGCGUCUGAAGGCGGGGCCCCGGCUUGGGGAGGGCCGUGUUGAGGUGCUGAAGGAGGGCAAGUGGGGCACCGUGUGUGACCACCUGUGGGACAUCACUGCAGCCAGCGUGGUCUGCAGAGAGCUGGGCUUUGGAACGGCCAAAGAGGCCCUCACCAAGGCUCAACUGGGACAGGGUACUGGUCCCAUCCACAUGAACAGUGUGCAGUGUACGGGCAGGGAGAAGUCAAUUACAGACUGUCACUACAGGCCGGUGCCUCUGUACACCUGCAAACACACCCAGGAUGUAGCGGUCCGCUGCAACGUCCCCAACACCGGCUUGCAGGCCACGGUGCGUCUGGCAGGAGGUAGAGAUUCAGCAGAAGGCCGUGUGGAGGUGCUGAUGGAGGUCAGAGGGGUGAGGCGCUGGGGCUCUGUCUGCAGUGAGAACUGGGGCAUCAAUGAGGCCAUGGUGGUCUGUCGACAGCUGGGCUUGGGUUUCGCCUCAAGAGCCCAUCAGGAGACCUGGUACUGGCCUGGAUCUUCAGAUGCUGCUGAGGUGGUUCUGAGUGGAACUCACUGUAUCGGUACUGAGAUUUCCAUCCAGCAGUGUCGCAGAAACACAAAUGUCUACUGUCCCAGAGGAGGAGAUGGUAGAGCUGCAGGAGUCACAUGUGCAGAAACUGCGCCUGACCUUGUCCUGGAUGCCCAACUUGUCCAAGAGACGGCCUACCUUGAGGACCGACCCCUUCACCUGCUGACUUGCGCUAAUGAAGAGAACUGCCUGUCCUCCUCUGCCGCCAGGAUGAACUGGCCCUAUGGACACCGCCGCCUGUUGCGCUUCUCCUCCCGUAUCAUGAACAUGGGCCGUGCCGACUUCCGACCUCGAGCUACCAGAGAGACCUGGACAUGGCACCAGUGUCACAGACACUACCACAGCAUUGAAGUGUUCACCCACUAUGAUCUGCUGACGCUAAACGGAUCCAAGGUGGCUGAAGGUCACAAAGCCAGCUUCUGUCUUGAGGACACCUACUGCCCUGAGGGUAUCCAUAAGAGGUAUGCCUGCUAUAACAUGGGAGACCAAGGUAUUUCAGUUGGCUGCUGGGACACCUACCGCCACGAUAUUGACUGCCAGUGGGUCGACAUUACAGACAUUCGACCCGGUGAAUACAUCUUCCAGGUUGAGGUCAACCCUUCCUUAGAUAUGGCUGAGUCUGAUUUCCAAAACAAUGUGAUGCGCUGUCGAUGCAAAUACGAUGGAGCUCGAGUUUACAUGUUUGGAUGCCAUGCAGGUGAUGCUUACAGCGCCGAGGUGGAGGACUUGUUUGACCACCAACGUCAGAUCUCCAACAACUUCCUGUGAAUUAGGGAACACGCAUAUUUAAGUACAGAACAACUGUAAAGCUCCUCAACACACCUCAACAUGUCAGGGGAAGGAGGUUGAAUGACAAUGACAUGCCAGUAAAUAGAGAUGAUGAUGGUAAGAGGGAGAGGGGUGGGAAACUGGGAAUGUAUGGGAGAGACUUCAUACGAAAAUUAUUAAUUAGGAUCCCGUGUCUGAUUGUGAUGACUGUUUCUGUUAGACAGUCAAAGAGAUUAAAGGAGAAACAUAGCAAGAGGAGAAGACAAAAAAAGUAAAAAAGAAAAAAAGAAAAAGAAAAAAGGAGGCCAUCACAAGCAUCAUGUCACCAUGAUAAAAACAUAAAGUAGUUAACAAUUUUUAAAAUGUGUCUUGGAUUUUGUAACAAAUUGAAUUAACUUAAUCAAAACAUAACCACAGUUCAGAAAGUAAUAACAUGAAGGCACAUGAGUACAACAAGUCCUUUACUUUUACAGUAUACCACCAGGCUGUCGUCCAUAUAGUAUCAACCCAGGUAACAGACUGUCAAUAAAACUCAUGUUUCCUGUGCUUUCACUGUUCACAUUACAAAUGCAGUAUUUCCUGUUACAACUGUGUGGUUUUUUGGUUUUAAAUGAGAAUUUUUUUAUUUCAUGGUGCUAUUUUGCUUUAUUUGAAUAAAUAUUGUAAUGUAUUGCAAAUGUAUUGUCAUGUACAGUUUUAUAUUACCUCUCUGGAAUAUUGUUCUUUAGGUCUCUAAUUUAUGCAGAAUUUUAAUGUACUUUUGAACUGAAACUUGUCCCUGUGUGGCUGUGUUUUGUAUUGUUAAUUUUAUGAUGAAAACUAUUUUUACUUGUUUGUUCUUUAUCUGUUUAACAUCGGUAACAUCAGAUGAGAUCUGGUUGUACCACGGUA